UUCUGUGGGAACUGGGUCCAAGUGGCUCUUUGAGUGUUGAAGGUUGCCAUCCCCUGCACUAGAAGGAGGAAAGUCCUUAUUUGUCCAAGCCGGUUGUUAUUUGGCGCCACCGUGUGGUGAUUCACACACACUCUCUUCCACAUGCUCGCUGAACAAUAACAUACUCAAACCAUGCACUGGGGAGGUAGAAACACUGUCUUGCGUGUGAUUUCCCAAAUACCUGCUCAGAGGAUUUACCCUGCAGGAGCUCUAACAGGGCCUGUGUUGAAAAUGAACGUAGCAGUCAACACAGUCGGUUAAGGAAACAUUUUAGAUUUUAUAGCAGUGUGAUCCUAACUAUCAGUUUCUUAAUAAGGACGUUGAGUCACGGCUAAAGGCAUAAAAAUGUAAAAAAGCGGCCCGGAUACUGUAAUAGGAUCAGCACCCCCAUACAACCCACUCACACUGGCCUUCAUUAUCGGGAGCUUAGAGCAGGAUUCCUGUGCCUGUAGGUGACACUUAUUUGCUGAACAUAUAUUCCCCAGCAGUGCUCACACUCUACCUCCAUUUCACCGCAGAGGUCUUAAAGUUUGAAUCUUACCACAAAUGAUGCCGUCUCUUUUUCUGUGCUGUGCCUGUGAGAUAAUCAAUACUCAUAUUCAAUUAAAAUAAACUCCAGGAAAGACUGCUGAGUUUAUAUUCCCACAGAGAUGCAAUCAGUGGAGACAGCGGAGGAAUUCCAAGCGCUGUAUACUUCCACUGAAUUAAAAAAUUUAAAUUUUCAGCACGCCACCCGAUGUCUUGCUUUCACUCAUAAUUUCAUUACGGCCUCCCUAUCUGUCUGCCUCCCUCCCAUCCCUCGGUGAAUCCUCUUAGAGGUGGAUUAUUGGACUAGGAUGUCACCGAGAGGGAGAAAGAGUUAGGGAGAAAGAGGGAGAGACGGCAGAUGGGCACGAGGCACACAGGGUGAGGGAAAGCAACACGGGACGGGAGAUACAGGCGAGGAGAAGAAGAAAAUGGAGAUAACCCCUUGGCCCAAUAGGAGCCAUGAAUGGGGUAGAAGAUGGUGUGUAACUGGGGGAGAGCCAGCAGAGCCUCACAAGGUGCAGCGCAUACUCUUGUGUCCGACGCCCGCUCUCGCUCACAAGGCAGGGACGGCCUAACCUGGCAGCAGCUAUGUCCCUCCUGUCCUUCACCAACCCUCCAGGCUGGAGCAUGUGCUCUGCCCUGUAUAUCUUCAUCGUGUUGCUCCCAGAAACCACGGCGGACAACCUGGACUCUAGCGCUAUACGCAACGGUGGGGGUUCCCAGUGCGGGGAGUACACGAACCAGGUGAUGGAGGACGGGAUGUGCCGGCUGGUGGCCACGCUGCCUCAGCUGGACGAGCGGAGGUGCCCGGACAUGUUCCGCUGCACGGACGAGGUCUCCUACUGGCUGCACGAGAACGAGGACCGGAAGCAGCAGAUAGUGACGCUGAAGGAGACCAUCUCCGAGCUGCAGGAGGAGCUGAGGAACCACCGGCACCGCAUCAAAGUCCUCGAGCUGCAGAGUGAAGAAAGGACCCAUUUGAACAUGUCCUUGGAGCAGCGUUUUCAUGAGCUGGAGGUGCACUAUUCUGAAGCCACCACUCUGCUGCACCUACAGGGAACUCUGAUCCUAGACCUGCAGAACCAACUCCAUAACAUCACGCUUUUGGUGGACAAGGUAAAAAGGAGCCCCGGCUGUCUGAUCAACGUGGCCCGUCCCAAUCCUCUCAUGAGUGCUCAGGAGGCGCUGCACCCGGAGGUUCAGCAUGUGAGGAACUGUCCGAUUGACUGUGCCUCGAUCUACUACAAUGGAGUGAGGAGGUCAGGUCUCUACACGGUGGUGCCGUCGCUGGCCGGCAUGCCUGUGGAAGUGUACUGUGACAUGGACACAGAUGGUGGUGGCUGGACUGUGAUCCAGCGGCGACUUGACGGCUCUGUGAGCUUUGACCGCACCUGGAGGGACUACCGGGAUGGGUUCGGCGACCUGCACUCAGAGUUCUGGCUGGGCAACGACCACAUACAUGAGCUGAGCACCCAGGGAGACUACGCCCUCCGCAUCGACCUGGAGGACUGGAGCAACAAGCACAAGCAUGCCAUCUACCAGAGGUUCAGCGUGGAGGAUGAGGAGCACCAGUACCGUCUCCACGUGUCCGACUACAGCGGCACGAUGCAGGAUUCAUUCAGCUGGUACCACGACAAGCAGGGCUUCAGUACACCGGACAGCGGCAACAUCUGCGCUGAGAUCUCGCACGCCGGUUGGUGGUACAACCAGUGCUUCUACGCCAACCUCAACGGAGUCUACUACAGGGUGAGGAUGCACAGAUCAGCCCCGACAUUACACUGUUUAAGCACACAGGUUUUUACUUCUUCUUCCUUCCUUUCUUCAUCCUGCAGGGAGGCCACUACACCCCUAAAGGACGGGGGCCGCUGGGUCCCGAUGGGAUCGUUUGGUACUCCUGGAAAGACUCUGAUUAUUACUCUCUACGCAAAGUCAGCAUGAUGAUCCGGCCGCGCACCUUCAAGGCACGUUUGUCUCCCUGAACCACUGUCGCCGCGACAACAGCAGCGGGGAUAAGACGGUGUGGCAACGUGACGAGGAUGCCCACUGAUCACUCUGUUGUCUGAGUGAGGCCGAGGUUCAACACGUGGAAGCAAUACUCACGCCCCGUUUCCAGACACAGACUUCAUACUUUAGAAUUUAUUGAUGGUUUUUUUCCACCCAGCGAUGGGAAUUCUUUCUUAUUUUGUACUUCUUUUUGUACCUUAGUUGGAUACUCCUUUAGCAACUCAGCCAAAGAUAAGAUAUGUUUGAGCUGUCUGUUGUAGCUCACAGUUUCUGCUGGAGAGUCAGCGGAGUCGGUUGCAGCUGGCAGGCUGAUCAUGUGAGACUGCCCUGCACAUGACUUGAGGGAUAUUUAUGAUUAUUAUCAGCUGUAUAAGUUCUGAAUUUAAUCCUUUGUGUAAAAUAUUAUUGAAAAUAAAUUAAAAAAUGGUUUAUUGCCAUUAUAUAAUCCAAGUCAGGACAUAAAAACACUUUAUUAUAUUAGAAAUAAUGACCAACUUUCUAAUAUGGCCAGGCACACGAGGUGCACUAUAUAAAAGAUUGUAUAAGCUAUAACACUAUACACUCACUGGCCAAAAUAUUAGGCACACUAGUGACAACAAAUAUAUUUUAAACCAAACGGCCCAGCACUAAAUCUCCCUUUAUGACUGUUGAACUGUUUAACUUGUGUUAAAACAGUGUGAAUCCACCGUGUGAUCAUUUCAGAUCAGGAUGUAGUUUGUGGUGCCGUUAAAACAGGAUCAAACUAAACACUGGUGUUUCUGUUAUUUAGCCAAGCCCACUCACUAAAAUGAGGUUGUGAAAACAAUCGAAACACGCGUCGGUAACACACCUCAGACUCCAACACGGAAACAUGAUUAAUCAACAGCUUUUUUCUUGGAGCUGAGAUUUACCAGAACUGUUUCAUCUGAAUGAAUGUACUUGUCACGUGUCUACCUAAUGAACUGGCACUCGAUUGAUAUACGGAAGCCACGUACAGAUUAAGCUUUAAGUUUUGCUAAAAUGUUUUCAGAACUUGAAAUAUCCAUUUACCUGUGGUAUCUUGUGACUUUUAGCUGUUUACAUUCAAAUUACUUCACACUGAGGUAUCCAGAAACCUUUGGCACAUUGGCAGGUUUGUGUCAAUACAACAGGAAUGUGUUGACUAACUACGUAAAAGGGUUACAGCAUUGUGAUCAACUCCACUCUUAUAAAACUGGAAAAUAAAAGUUUUAUUGGAA